GGGGCAGGAAGUGCCGUGCGCCUGAGUCAGGGGCGGCCGGGCGGCCGCUGCCUGGAUCGGCGGCGAUGGCGCUGGAGACCCUGUCCCCGGACUGGGAGUUCGACCGCCUCGACGACGGCUCGCAGAAAAUUCAUGCUGAAGUGCAGUUGAAGAGCUACGGAAAAUUUCUUGAGGAAUAUACAUCUCAGCUGAAAAGAAUUGAAGAUGCUUUGGAUGACUCUGUUGGAGAUGUUUGGGACUUCAGUCUUGAUCCCAUUGCUUUAAAGCUUUUGCCAUAUGAACAGUCCUCCCUACUGGAGCUCAUAAAGACAGAAAACAAGGUUCUAAACAAAGUUAUUACAGUGUAUGCUGCUCUUUGCUGUGAAAUCAAGAAGUUAAAAUAUGAGGCAGAAACUAAAUUUUAUAAUGGCCUCCUGUUUUACGGAGAAGGAGCCACAGAUUCCAGCAUGGUGGAGGGAGAUUGCCAAAUACAGAUGGGAAGAUUUGUUUCUUUCUUGCAGGAGCUGUCUUGCUUUGUUACCCGAUGUUAUGAAGUGGUGGUGAAUGUAGUGCAUCAGCUGGCUGUUCUGUAUACCAGCAACAAGAAUGCACCUAAAAUUAUAGAGACAUCUGGAGUUCAUUUUCAGGCAAUGUAUGAGCAUCUAGGAGAGUUGCUCACAAUCUUGAUAACUCUGGAUGAAAUAAUUGACAAUCAUGCCACACUGAAAGAUCACUGGACCAUGUAUAAGAGGCUGCUAAAAUCUGUCCAUCAUAACCCUUCUAAGUUUGGGAUUCAAGAAGAUAAGCUAAAGCCAUUUGAAAAAUUGCUGUUAAAACUGGAAUGCCAGUUACUUGAUGGAAUGAUAUUUCAGGCCUGUAUAGAGCAACAGUUUGAUUCUUUAAAUGGUGGAGUGUCUGUGUCAAAGAACAGCACAUUUGCUGAAGAAUUUGCUCAUAUUCUUCGUACAUCUUUCUCAAAUGUCGAAGCCAAACUUGGUGAACCUUCAGAAAUUGACCAGAGAGAUAAAUAUGUGGGCAUCUGUGGCCUGUUUGUAUUGCAUUUUCAGAUUUUUCGGACUGUAGACAAGAAAUUUUAUAAGUCAUUGUUGGAUGUCUGUAAGAAGGUACCAGCCAUUACAUUAACAGCUAACAUUAUCUGGUUUGCUGACAAUUUUCUGAUUCAGAAGAUUCCAUCUGCUGCCAAACUACUGGACAAGAAAAGUAUUCAUACAGUUAAAACACAAAGGGAGAACUUUCUACAGCAGAGGGCACAGUCACUUACCAAAGAUAUGCAGUCAUAUUAUGUUUUUGUGAGCUCGUGGAUGACAAAAAUGGAAUCUAUCUUGUCCAAGGAGCAGCGCACAACAAAGUUUUCUGAAGAUCUUUCUAACCGCUGCAAUGUCUUCAUCCAGGGUUUUCUUUAUGCAUACAGUCUUAGCAACAUCAUUAAAACAACAAUGAAUCUUUACAUGUCAAUGCAAAAACCUAUGACCAAAACCUCAGUAAAAGCCUUGUGCAGACUUGUGGAGCUUCUGAAGGCAAUAGAAUAUAUGUUUUACCGAAGAAGCAUGGUUGUGGCAGACUCUGUGACGCACAUCACUCAGCAUCUGCAGUAUCAGGCUCUUCUCUCUAUCUCUGUGGCCAAGAAAAGGGUGAUUUCUGAUAGAAAGUACAGUGAGCAGCGCCUGGAUGUCCUCUCUGCUUUGGUGUUGGCUGAGAACACCCUCAAUGGGCCAAGCACAAAACAGAGGCGACUGAUUGUUUCCCUUGCACUGAGUGUGGGAACACAGAUGAAAACAUUUAAAGAUGAAGAACUUAUUCCCCUUCAGUUAGUUCUGAAAAAACUGGACUUGAUCAGUGAACUUACAGAGAGAGUUCAAGCACAAUGUGACUGUUGUUUCUUAUACUGGCAUCGAGCUGUCUUUCCAAUCUAUUUAGAUGAUGUCUAUGAAAAUGCAGUGGAUUCUGCUAGACUACAUUAUAUGUUUAGUGCACUACGGGACUGUGUACCUGCUAUGAUGUAUGCAAGACACUUGGAAUCUUAUGAGGUGCUUCUGGAAUGCUAUGACAAAGAAAUCAUGGAAGUGCUCAAUGAGCACUUGCUGGACAAAUUGUGUAAAGAGAUAGAAAAGGACCUGCGCUUAUCAGUUCACACUCACCUGAAGCUAGAUGACAGAAACCCCUUCAGAGCUGGCAUGAAGGACCUGGCUCACUUCUUCUUUCUGAACCCAAUACGCUUUUUCAAUCGGUUCAUUGACAUAAAAGCUUAUGUAACUCAUUAUUUGGACAAGACCUUCUACAACUUAACAACUGUAGCACUUCACGACUGGGCCACCUACAGCGAGAUGAGAAAUUUGGCAACCCAGCGCUAUGGUUUAAGUAUGACUGAGGCUCACCUUCCCAGCCAGACUCUGGAGCAGGGUCUGGAUGUUUUGGAAAUCAUGAGAAAUAUUCAUGUUUUUGUAUCCCGCUACCUCUACAAUCUGAAUAAUCAGAUCUUCAUUGAAAGAACAAGUAAUAACAAACACUUGAACACCAUCAAUAUCCGACACAUCGCUAACUCAAUUCGAACUCACGGAACAGGAAUCAUGAACACAACCGUAAAUUUCACUUACCAGUUCUUGAGGAAAAAGUUUUACAUUUUUAGCCAGUUCAUGUAUGAUGAACAUAUCAAAUCCAGACUUAUCAAAGACAUCAGAUUCUUCAGGGAAGUCAAAGAUCAAAGUGAUCACAAGUAUCCCUUUGAAAGAGCAGAUAAAUUCAACCGUGGCAUCAGAAAACUUGGAAUAACUCCAGAUGGCCAGAGCUAUCUUGACCAGUUCAGACAACUCAUAAGUCAAAUUGGCAACGCUUUGGGUUAUGUACGAAUGAUAAGAUCUGGUGGACUUCACUGCUGCAGUAGUGCCAUUAGGUUUGUUCCUGAUCUGGAAGAUAUUGUUAACUUUGAAGAGCUGGUGAAAGAAGAAAGUCUCUCAGAAGAAACACAAAAAGCAGCAAGGCAGCUGGACUCUGUGCUGAGUGACCUGACCCGGAACUUUGCAGAGGGAACAGAGUACUUCAAAAUGCUGGUGGAUGUGUUUGCCCCUGAGUUCCGCAGCACGAAGAACAUGCACUUGCGGAACUUCUACAUCAUUGUUCCCCCCCUGACCCUCAAUUUUGUGGAGCAUUCAAUCAGUUGCAAGGAGAAGUUGAAUAAGAAGAACAAAAGUGGAGCAGCUUUCACUGAUGAUGGGUUUGCCAUGGGUGUGGCUUACAUUCUGAAGCUUUUGGAUCAGUACCAGGAGUUUGAUUCUCUGCACUGGUUCCAGUCUGUUAGAGAGAAGUAUGUGAAGGAAAUAAGAGCAGUAGCUAAGCAACAGAACAUACAGUCCACUAACCAAGAUGAAAAACUACUACAGACUAUGAACCUUACCCACAAGCGACUGGAAGUUUGUUUACAGGAAUUUGAACUCCUCUAUUUCUCGCUAAGUAGUGCAAGAAUUUUUUUCAGAGCAGAUAAAACUGCAGCAGAAGAAAGCCAGGAAAAGAAAGAAAAAGAAGAAGAAUCUGGUAAAGCAAGCAAUGGAGAUCUUUCCAACUCUACACCUGCAGAGCCUGUUGUGAAAUGAUGUGGCUGCAACAGCAGAAUCACCCACACAUGAUGUUCCUUUCCCCAGGAUGGCCUUGCUAGGGAGCUGUGUGCAGUCAAUACACAGCUCACACUCUAGUCUGCACUUGUAUUUUCCCUUCUCCAUUUUUUCUUUUGGAGACAUUAUCUUGCUAAGGUAAGACUUUGCAGUUGAACAUAACGUGAACUGAGCAUUGCCUUUGUGUACAAUAGUUAACAAAUUCAUGUGGUUCUGGUGAUGGAAAUUCUAGAGGAAAGACAUAGCCUAUUUUUAUAGAUGCCUGUUUAAUCUGGGAGAACUGAAUGUAUACUCUAUGUGGGAAAAAUAUAUACAUACGCAAACAUGUACAGUGAUAAUAGAGCUAUUCUUGCUAAUACAGGACUGUAGUUUGUAUUUCCUUCUUUCUCUUUGUCAUGUAGCAGCAUAGAUAUGCAGAAAGAUUUUUCUCAUCUGAAAUCCAAAGUGGGUCCUGGGUUUGGAUGUCACGUGACUGAGUUGCAUUAAGUCUUUUUUCUCCCCACAAGGAUAUGGAAGGGGGGCAAAAUUCAUGCUGUGGUGCUACAACUCUUUCUGUUGCUUUUGACCUCCUGUCACAAUUACAGGAACCAAAUGGACCCUAAUUGUUGUCUGGAGAGGAGAAUGGAGCUAAAACAAAAAAAUCCCCUAAACUAAACCACACAUGCUCACUCAGAAAUUCCUAGGGGUGACAGAAGUGAUGAUGAAUUUUCUGCAGGGAUAUAAAACAUGUCUAGGGUUUUUUUUUCCUUCAGGGCAGGGUUGGAACUGGCUAAAGGCCAGGCUCUCACCCCCAGCAGGCAGCUGUCAGCACUGCCCUCAGGUCUUCAGCCUUGUGCCAAGGCUGCUGGAAGUGCAGCAGCUGCUCUCUGAGGGGUUGUGGACACCCAGCUCUCUGUCAGCCCUGCCACCAAGGGUUUGCAUGGCCCCAGCAGCUGCAAACGCCUGGUGCUGAAGGGCACACUCUGCAGGUCCUAAUGCAGCCUUGAACCAGAAAAACAUUUGAGUUGCAUCAGACAUCCAUCAACAGCUCUUUUCAGCUUCUCAGGUACAAAGGACCAAAUGUAAUACUUAAUGUUUCCUAACUCAUUGUACAAAAGGGUAUUUUGUUACUCCAGUCUCUUUGGUUUGGGAGUAGAGAACAUUAUGUAUAUAAAACUGUGUUAAUAAAUGCAAUUUUGAGAACCUCA